AUGCAACAUCCCUUCCAACGUAUCGCUGCUGUGCAGGGAGGCACAGAACAUGGCCAUUUGAUCGCCGCGUGUGGCCCCAGACUCAUAUCUCUUAGCCUGGAGUCAGGCGAGCUCAUUUCGGAAUGGACAGCGGACAGUGAUCUUCCAUCCGGGAUCAAUGGCCAAUCAAAAGACGAUCCGAUCUCACAAUCCUCGGAGCCUCCAUCAAAAAGACAGAAAACCUCCAAUGAUGACACGCCAGCCGAGGAGAACAAGCAAYAACCCUCCUUCGGCAAGAAGACCAAACAACAAAAGAAGAAUGCGUCACCCCAAAAGUCAUCUACAUUCAUCCUCCUUGCAGUCUCACCAGAUCAACAUCACCUCGCAGCAGUGACAGAUGACAAGUCAAUCCGUAUCUUUGCCUUGCCCACCCUCCAAGAGAUAGGGAAACCCCGCGAAGUCCCCAAGCGACCAUGUGCUAUCCAGAUUCCACCAUCAAACGACACUCUUCUGCUAGCGGACAAGCACGGCGACGUCUAUUCUCUUCCCCUAAUCCAAGGAGAAGUCACCACCAAACCCAAACCAGAAGCCUCGGAGGAGAACAAGUUCAAACCUUCAGCGACGCCUUUGACGGUACAUUCCAAGAGAAAUCUCACCGCGCUGCAAGCUCAACAAGCACAGAAACAAUUCACGCCUAGAAAGGAUGUCCUUGCAGAGUUUGACAAUACUUUGUUGUUGGGACAUGUCUCGAUGCUUACAGAUAUGACAUUCCUAUCACUUCCGGGAGAAAAGAGACAGUGGCUUGCUACAUGUGAUCGCGAUGAACAUAUCCGCAUUUCUCGAGCGCCACCACAAGCUCACGUCAUCGAGGGAUUCUGUUYGGGACAUCAGGCAUUCGUGAGUCGCAUCUGUCAAGUGGGGAGGAGAUUGGUCAGCGGAGGUGGCGAUGCAUGGUUGGGAGUUUGGGACUUUCAAACCAUGACAUUGGAGCGGAAGAUUCAAUUGGAGGGCCUAGUACCUGAAGGCAAAAUGGCCGUGAGCGGGAUCUGGCAGGCGGGAGAGGGAGUCGUGUUUGUGAUGGAAAAAGUGGACGCCGUAUUCUACCUGCCGACCUUGGAGGGCGAACAAGAUGUAAAGUCCUGGUCCACAUCCGGGCUCUAUCCGCUGGAUGUUGCGAUUUUGGGAAACAAAGUGGUCGUCUCGGUGGAUGCGAGAGAGGGGAACUCGGCGAGGAUACAAGUCAUUGAUCUGAAGACUGGAGGUCAAGAUAUCGCUUCUAUGGAAAAGCUGAAGGGAAUGAACUCAUACAGUGGCAAGGUAUUCGAUGGUACGGGCAAGCAGUUGGAUGAUUUGUUGUAUAAUGUGGCGAAUCUCAGGAAACGAGGGCCUAUGGAAGGUGGUGAGCCGGUGGAAGAGGAGGGCGCUACUCUUGUUGAGGAAGAAUGA